AUGCAGCACGAGGUAGUGACCGUUCAACGAGACGAUGGCACAUUGGAAACCAGGCUGGGAUGGAAUGAUAUGCAGCAAGAGUCAGCCCCCAAAUUAGUGCGAUUCCAUCUGACGGUCAAUACAAAUCGUCAUUCAUGGAUGCUGAGCCCUGACGAAGAAGUGCGACGAAGCGGCGAGGUCGAGCUCGACCGAAAUGAACCCCAGCCAUCUAGCCCCAAACCCACGAAGAAGAAGCUAGAAUUCAAUAUGGCCUCCAAGAUUCAAAUAAUCCCAAACAAUCGCCAGGGCCAGCUCAAUACUGGUUAUAUCGGGACCUUGGGAGGCGUGAUGAAAAUCGCUGAGAUCGCUUUGUCGUUUAUGGCGUUCGUGCUGUCGAUUUGCUCAGACCGUAGGACUACUACAGCCGCAUGGACCGAGCAUAUCUCCUUCGAGUGCAUGAUCGGGGUAGCCGUUUUGCUGCUGGGAUACGUCUGCUUCCCGCAUAUUACGCUACGUGACGAAUUGACAAGAGAGGGAUUGAUCGUGGUCGAGCUGAUCUUCUAUGCGCUGAACACGCUUUUCUACUUCAUCUCAAUCUGGCUCAUGAUUCACCUAUCCGCUGCUUGGGGUACGGAUGGACGGGGAGCAGCGGUCAUGACGGCGAUCCUAUGUGUGGCCCUGACCAUUUUCUUUGCCAUCGAAACCUUCAUGAAAGCCAAGGCAUGGCGUGGGGAAAAUGAACCCUCGGGAAGAACCGUGCAAACCGGGCCAGCAAACGCC